UUGGUGAGAUGUGGUCUGACUUCCUCCUGCUGUGAUGAUCUCCGCUCCAUUCUUAUCACUAACCCAUCCCUCACCAGACUGGAUUUAUCACGUAAUAAUCUCCAAGACUCUGGAAUGAGACGUCUGUGUGAGGGACUCCGUCAUCCUGGCUGUACUCUGCAGUACCUAAGAAUAUUAUGGUGUGAUGUGACAUUAUGGUGCUGGGAUGAUCUCUGCUCCGUGAUCUCCACAAACCGAACUCUGACCAGACUGAAGGUGACAUUGCAUAAGGAGGAUGGUGAGAAGAUGUCGUACUCAGAAGUGGAUCCUCGUUGGCAGGUCCUCCGGAAUGCCGGCUUCACUGUGGAUAGAAGAUGGCGUGGAGGAUGGGAUGUAUCUAUACACAGAAGAAGAUCAGAGAAUGGUCUGUGGGAAGUCCUCCCCUCCUCUAUAGAUAAUACAUGGACCCUGAUAUGA